AUGAAGUACGUACUUGUAACAGGAGGUGUUGUGAGUGGAUUAGGGAAAGGAAUCACUGCAAGCAGUGUUGGUGUCCUUCUUCAGUCUUGUGGUCUUCGCGUUACUUGUAUCAAAAUCGAUCCGUAUUUGAACUAUGAUGCUGGAACCAUAUCCCCUUACGAACAUGGAGAAGUGUUUGUCUUGGACGAUGGUAGUGAGGUGGAUCUUGAUCUUGGAAACUACGAGAGGUUUCUAGAUACAACAUUAACUCGAGAUAACAAUAUCACUUACGGGAAGAUUCAGCGGUAUGUGAUGGAGAAAGAGAGGAAAGGAGAUUACUUAGGGGAAACUGUUCAGAUUGUUCCUCACGUCACUGAUACAAUCCGAGAAUGGGUGGAGAGAGUUGCAAUGAUUCCUGUCGAUGGAAAAGAAGGUCCUCCUGAUGUUUGCAUCAUUGAGUUAGGUGGAACUAUAGGAGAUAAUGAAUCCAGGCCUUUUGCUGACGCACUUAGCCAAUUAUCAUACAGUGUAGGCCGUGAGAAUUUCUGUCUGAUCCAUGUCACCCUCGUGCCUGUGCUCAGUGUUGUUGGUGAACAGAAAACAAAACCAACACAGCACAGUAUUAAAGAUCUACGAGGCUUUGGUUUGACACCUAAUAUCAUAGCUUGUCGGAGCACAAAGGCACUUGAAGAGAAUGUAAAAGCAAAGCUAUCUCGGUUUUGCUAUGUUCCGAUUCAGAACAUCUUCUCUCUCUGUGAUGUUCCCAACAUCUGGCACAUUCCUCUGUUGCUCAAGGAGCAGAAGGCUCAUGAAGCAAUUUCAAAAGUCCUGAACCUUUCUGGUAUUGCUAAAGAACCUUCUUUAGAGAAAUGGGCAUCAAUGGUAGAAAUUAGUGACGGUUUAAAUGUACCCGUGAGAAUCGCUAUCGUGGGGAAAUAUACAGAUCUAUCAGAUGCCUAUCUCUCUGUCUUGAAGGCCCUCCUCCAUGCUUCUGUGGCUUUUCACAAAAAGCUUGAAGUUGAUAUGGUUCCAUCGUGUGAUCUCGAAAAGACCAAGAAGCAAGAGGAUUCACGCGCAUAUGAGGCUGCUUGGAAGUUACUGAAGGACGCAAAUGGAGUUCUUCUCCCUGGAGGGUUUGGUGAUAGGGGAGUGGAGGGGAUGAUUCUUGCAGCAAAAUAUGCCCGAGAAAACAAUAUCCCUUUCCUCGGUAUCUGUCUCGGGAUGCAGAUCGCUGUCAUCGAGUUUGCACGCUCACUUCUCUGCUUGCCUGAUGCAAAUAGCACAGAGUUUGAACCUGAAACCAAACAUCCAUGCAUCAUAUUCAUGCCUGAGGGCUCCAUAACUCAUAUGGGAGGCACAAUGCGAUUAGGUUCGAGAAGAGCCUAUUUCCAUGACAAGGAAAGCAAAUCUGCAAGACUAUAUGGGAACAAAGAGUUUGUCGAUGAAAGGCAUCGCCAUAGAUAUGAGGUGAAUCCUGAUAUGGUUGCAAGCCUUGAACAGGCUGGUCUCUCUUUUGCUGCAAAAGAUGAAACUGGGGAGCGCAUGGAGAUUGUUGAACUUCCAAGCCACCCUUUCUUCAUCGGUGCUCAAUUUCAUCCCGAGUACAAAUCGAGACCCAGGAAAGUAUCUCCUCUGUUCUUAGGACUAAUAGCAGCAUCCUGUGGUGAGCUAGAUGCAGUCCUGAAUCCAGUUUCCAUUCACCAACACAACCAAACAAUGUUCUUGGAAAAGAAACAACACAUAGGUUGGUCCAAAAAAUGUUUUGGUGAUAAAAACCAACAAGAAGAAAUCUCAGAAACAUCUUUUCCUAUGUGA